CUGCUCCUGUAGGAGGGCCUUGUGCAUCUGACCAUCCUCCUCCACAAGGAGGUUCUCCCACAACGAGGAAAAGUGAGCAGGAUCCCUCAGCGGAGCGAGGAGCUGCAGAGACGAGCGCCUUGGGGUUGUUUUUUUUUUUUGGUAUUAAUUAAUUAAUGAAUCAAUUAAAUCCGCUGAUUCUCAGCGCCGCUCUGCUUUGAGUUCGGGGAGCGUUUGAAGGAGUUCGCACCGCGCCGUCUUUGCGCAGCUGCAGCGGGACAGGGCUUUUACUGCUGCCUCAGCCAAAUGUGGACUGACUUAACAUCGCCGGCGCGCACCGUCUGACCCAGGCCCGCCUUUCUGGACUGUAUGGACCCAGAGUGACCAGAAAAAGGAGGCAAAAAAGUGAGGCGUGACGUCACUUUUAUUAUUGAGCCCCCCUUCUCCUCCUCCUCCCACCCCCACGUCAUCCACCGAUAUCGAUCCGUAUCGAUCCGAAAAGUGUGCUCCAAGUGGAGGAGGGCGAGUAAGCCGGGGGGGUUAACAGGUCAGAUAAAGAGAUGGGGCAUCCCCCGCUGGAGUUCAGCGACUGCUACUCGGACAGUCCGGAUUUCAGAGAGAGGCUCAAAUGCUACGAAUCGGAGCUGGAGAGGACGAGCAAGUUCCUCAAGGACGUCAUCAAGGAUGGGAACAACGUCAUAGGCGCCAUACGAGGCUACUCCGUGGCGGUGCAGAAGUUCUCUCAGACCCUGCAGACCUUCCAGUUCGACUUCAUUGGUGACACAUUGACUGAUGAUGAGAUGAACAUCGCCGAGUCGUUCCGUGAGUUUGCUGGGCUGCUACAGGAAGUGGAGGAGAACAGGAUGAUGCUGGUACAGAAUGCGUGUGAUUUGCUCAUCAAGCCUCUGGAGAAGUUCAGGAAAGAUCAGAUUGGUGUUACAAAAGAGCGGCGUAAGAAGUUCGAGAAGGAGAGCGAGAAGUAUUACUCUCAACUGGACAAACACCUCAACCUGUCAUCCAAAAAGAAGGAGAGUCAAUUACAGGAGGCGGACGAUCUGCUGGAUAAAGAGCGUCAGACGUUCUGCGAGUCGUCUCUCGAGUACGUCUAUCAGAUCCAGCAGGUGGAGGACAGGAAGAAGUUCGAUAUCGUUGAGCCUGUGCUGGCGUUCCUGCAGAGUAUUCUGACUCUGAAUAAUCUCACAGUGGAGAUGACUCAGGACUUUCUGCCUUAUAAACAGGAGCUGCAGUUGAGCCUCCAAAACACACGCAACCACUUCGAGAGCACGCGGGAAGAAAUGGAGGAACUGAUGAAGAGGAUGAAACUACCCAACCCCAUCUUCAUCAGACACGGCCAGCAGCCGACCAUUGAGGGCUACCUGUACGUCCAGGAGAAAUGGGCGUUGGGAAUGACCUGGGUGAAGUACUACUGUAAGUAUAUGAAGGACUCUAAGCUGCUGCUGUUGCUGCCCACAGAACAGAAACCUGCAACCAAACAGAUUCCUGUAGAACUCACUCUGAAGUCGUGUAUUCGGCGUAAAAGCGAGUCCAUUGAUAAACGCUUUUGCUUUGACAUCGAGACACAGGAGAGGUCCACAUUCACUGUGCAGUCCAUCUCUGAGGUCAACAGGAAGCAGUGGAUGGAAGCCAUGGAUGGAAAAGAGCCAAUUUACCACUCCCCCAUUCACAAACAAGCUGAAAUGGAACUAAACGAAACUGGCUUCAAGUUUGUCAGAAGAUGCAUCAACGUGAUCGAGACCAAAGGGCUGAGUCAGGAAGGAGUGUAUAGGACAGUCGGCAGCAACAUCCAAGUCCAGAAACUGCUGAAUGCCUUUUUUGACCCCAAGUGUCCAGGUGAUGUGGAUUUGAACAGCAGUGAAUGGGACAUUAAAACCAUCACUAGUGCCAUGAAGUUCUACCUGCGGAGCCUGAGUGAACCCCUCAUGACCUACACUCUGCACCGGGAGCUCAUCAGCGCAGCAAAGUCCGAGAACCUGGAUUACCGUUUGGGGGCGGUUCACUCGCUGGUUUACAAGCUGCCAGAGCAGAACCGAGAGAUGCUGGAGCUUCUGGUCAAACACCUGGUCAGCGUUUGCAGCCACAGCUGUGCCAACCUGAUGACGGCGUCCAACAUGGGGGUCAUCUUCGGCCCAACGCUGAUGAGGGCGGAGGAGGAGACGGUGGCGGCCAUGCUGGACAUAAAGUUCCAGAACAUUGUCGUGGAGAUCCUAAUCGAGGACUACAAGAAGAUUUUCAGUGGCCCUCCAGAGGAAAGCUUAGUGCCGCCGCUCCCGCCCCCCAGGGCGGCGCCAAGGAGACGUCAGCCGAUCACGAUCUCCAAACGUCCGCCCAGGCAUUACUCCGGCCUCCAGCCGCCGGCCUUUGAGAGCCGAGAGCAAAACGGCGCCGCUCAUAACGGUCCAGAUUCCGGGGCUGACCCUACGAGUCCAGUCCCUCACCAAAGGACCAAACUGGCUCCUCCCUCUGUGGCCCCACCUUCCAUUCCUCCAUCCUCUCCUCCGGCGCUCCCUCGCUCCUCCCCUCCGUCCCGCGCCCCUCCGCAGCGUGUCUCUCUCUUGCCCAAGCCUGAGCUCUCCAGGCUGGCUCCGAGGACACAAGAUGGAGGUCAAAGGUCAGAUUCUGCGGUGUCGGCCAACGGGGAGACGGGAGUGACGGUGGGCCGCACUCAGUCUUUCCAGGGCAGGAAACCACCGCCGAGGGUCACCGCGGCGACCAAAGACGCCGAGAGCGACUGUUUGAAAGGUCGCCCUUUCGUGGAGAAGAGUUCCAUCUGCCGGCCCCCCACACGGCCCCCAGACCCACCCACACGCUGCCCAGCCAAUCAGAAAGCCCCGAGCGAUGACACGCCCCCAUCAUAUGUCGCUUCCAAGACCAAGUUCUUCGAGAAUGCUUCCCGACAGGCCGGAAGCCCCUCCGUCACUCCAGCUGGGAACGAACUUCCGAGAUGAGGUUCUAAAUGGGAAAACUCAGAAGCUACAUCUUUAUCAUCUUCAUCAUCUUCAUCAUCGUCAUUCUUUCUGCUACAGCUAACCCCUGAACAUGGGAGCGAUCGAUGCUUUUACCUGGUCGUGACCCCUUUUUGUUUCUUCUUUUAUGAGUCUACAAAUGUAUUUUGCUCUCAUGUGGGAUCGAUGAAGUAACUACCUGGACCAGAACUCCAGAAGGAAAACACGGACCACCUACUACAAUUGUGUUUCUAAUUACAGGCACCUUUCAAACCGCCCCAAAACCUCAUGCACACGCGUUGAACCAGUUUGGUUUGGCGUGACUAAACGCUGUAGUUUGUGUUUGAUGAAUGGGUUCCACUACCAAAAGAUGCUCUUACUCGCUUUGCUAUCGAGAACAAAGAUGAGAUGCGAAUGGAAAGUUUGAAUCGGUUUCAGUUUAAAACACUUUACCUUCCAUAAACCCGCUGACCUACUUCUGCACGGUUUCCUACAGGAACUGAACUACACGAGUGUCUCCACUACAGCUUCUGACUCAGGCUUUUACGACGCCUGGCUCGUCAAGGCCUCGCACAGCACACAUGCAUUACAUUUGUACUUGAGUAGACGCUACAGGGGCCCCAAACGUAUUUAACCGAUGAUGAACCUAAAUGACGAAACGUAAUUUGGGCGACCCUUUUUUUCUUUUUUUUUACAGUCUCUAAAGUUCUAGGUAUUGGCAUGAUGGGAACUGGUCAAGCAGUCUAAGUAAAUCACACUGAAAUGUCCCACAGGUUCCAGUAGUAGUGGAUGAUACACUGCUUGACCGUUUUUAUACUGAUACGCAGAGAAAUGCAGAUAACACGACAUACAAGCUGCAACCUGAGGUCAGUCAGUCCAGUUUAUUAUCAGAAAAGCAACAUCAGAUUAGCCCUACAGCAGUUUAGCCCCACCCUUUCAAUCUAGAGCAUUUUAGCCCCACCCAUUCUGCGUACAUCAGUUUAGUCCUAUCCAUUCAGUGUACAGCAGUUUAGCCCCACUCAUUUAACCUAUAUGAAUGGGCAGGGCUAAACUGCUAUAGGCCGGAUGAGUGAGGCUAUUCUGCUGUUCUGAAUCAGAAUUCAUGAACUGGAAGUUGUGGGAAAAUUAUUAAAUGUUGUGCUUUCCCACAUUCAAAAAGAGCAGCUGAAGUAAAUUUUCCUCCUACGGCUCUGGGAUAAUCCAGUUUAUUGUCAGAGGAGCGACAGCAGAUUAUUAAGUUAAUGGGGAAAAGCGAAUGGAAGGAAAAGCCAGUCUCUUGGGGUAAGCCGUUAUACAUUAGCCUAGCAUGGAAAGCCUGUGUGCACCGCCUGUGGUGCUCCUCGCUUAGCCAGCUGCUUCAGCUGACCCCGUGGUCUUGGCCUACAAGUGGAGAGGAUCCGGAGCUUCUCAGCUAAAACUAAUAGUAUGAAUAAUAUUUCCUAAAUUCCAGCAUGGAUUAAAGCUCGAGUGUCAGAGAUACACACCAACGACUUUGGCGUAAAGCAGCACUCAGUAGCGUUUAGAGACGUGACCAUGGGCUUUUCCGUAAACUUGCCAUUAUCUUGUUAGGGUCAGCAAGCAAUACCGACUUCUGUCUAUAUAUCGUUCUUUUCUGUUUUUUACUAUUUUGUCCAAUAAAAACAAUUCAGGCCACAAAAAACGUUUAGUUACGCCUUCCAAAGUGAUUGUAUUUGAAACAAAAAAUUACAUAAAUACGUGGUAAUCCUAAUUAUACCACGACACCACUGUACUGUGUAAUUGUUUUGGGUAGUUAUAGGACAUAAAAACUGUAGAUGGUACGUAACUGUGUAUUAACUAUAAACAAUACUGUGUGCUGUAAGAGAAAUCGCUGGAUUCUUCCUGUUUAUAUUUACUUUGUGUCCCCAUUUUGUGCCGUGUAACUUCACUUUCCUCCCAAGACUUUACAGUGAAAUGAAUUUAGGUUUGUAUUUAAAACCUAGUCCAAUAAUUAGGAGACUUUUUACUGAUUUAUGAGCUUAAUAAUUAAAACCUGUUGGGCAUUUCAGUGUAAUUUAGUUAAAUUGCCUGGGAACCUACCAUUUUACCCAAAAAUAAUGAUGGAGUUUGUACUUCACACUUACCUAGUUAAUACCUUAAUACCUGCAGCCAAAGGGUCUAUAAAAGAAACCAUUACCGGUGUUUGUUUGUGGGGAAAAAAGCGCUUUUAGCACAACAUCAGGCUGACGGUGGAGAAGAGCUCCAAUCACUGCGCUAAGGGUUCUGUAGAGCACACAGUCUGGAGCUGUUUUCCUUGCAAAGCUGUCGCUGAGCUUGAGUUCACUGUUCGCUGACGCCUGCAGACGACUGCAAAGAACCUGGUCAAAUGAGAACGAUCAGCCGCCUUCUGAAAGAAUUCUUCCAAAUUAGAAAAUGAGGGUCUUGGACAGGAAAUGGGAGUCUGUUUAUAUUGGAUUACACUUGUUUCCCAACACAAUGAACCUAAUACGUUUUUACGCAUGGCACAAAUGUCCGAAAACUUUUGGGGCCCACUGUAUAUAACUUGAUGUAUCCAUGCUCUCACGUUCUUUCAUGGCAACUGUCGCUAGGCUGAUUUUGUAAAACAAUACAGUGAGGUUAUGUAUAUCUGUGGUCACACGGUUAUGAUUGACAGGUGGAGUUUUUUUGGAGCUGUUAGCAUGGUAGCUACUUUAUUGCCAUUUCCUGCUUAGUUUCGAUUAGAUUCAACUUGUAGUGUAGCAUUUAAACUGGAAACUCCAUGAGACGCUAAACAGAAAUCACUACAGUUUCUCAUUAGACUGAAUGAAUAACCGGCUCUAAAUGUAGAUAUUGUGAUAUAAAUGUAGAUAUUGUGAUAUAAACUCUCAGUUCUAUAAACCUCACAAAAGAAACAGUAGCUAUGAAAGAACGCACAGCGUGGUUUGAGCGUUUAUUUACUGACACAGCACUUUUUUUGGACUGUUUUGAGCAUUAAAAACAUCACUAUUCAUGUUCUCGUAAAUAGUGGUGGGCGAUGUGAUGCUAUAUUAACAUUACAUAAAAAAUAUGUUAUGAUAUGGUUAUGAUAUGGUUUUCUGAGUGCAUCACAGGUACUAUCAGUAUUUCUACAGCACGGUCUCAUCGCAUGCUACAUAAAAAUAUAUAGAUUUCCAUACAUUGUAUAGCCUGUCUACAAACCUUAAACUAUGUAGCAACAAGAAGCUGAUUGGAUAUUAGCCUAAUACAUUAAUAUCUUUCUAAUUACAGUCAUUUAUUUUUUACCAUUUGCGUGAUUUUGUCCUCCUGUGUCAAUAACCAGUCAUUUUGAUAGUUGCUAAUAUCGUCCAAAAGAAUUUCAAAGCUAAAAAAAAAACCUAUAUGAUCUAAUUAAAUAUUAAAUGUACAAAAACCUUCGUGUUUUUUUUUAUGUCCAAAAUCCUUUCUAUUCAGAGAUGUCAAAC